AUGUCCUUCUCGAGCACACCGUUAGGUCAAGGCAGACGUCUAGAUCACCACACAUUCCUCAACAAACCCAACGCGAGGGAACGACCACCUCAUUCGCCCCCUCGCAGGCCGGUUCCAACCUCAUACGCAUACGGCGCGCCGUCACGCGGCACGCGAUCACCUCCCAAGCCAGAUAAGUCUGCUCUGCCAGAGAGCGAGCACCUAGACGACACGGACGAGCCGGCUCUCGUCCGCUUUGCACGACUCAAACAGAAAGAGCAGCUUCAGUCACGCACAGGCACGAUCGGAGGCCCCCAGCAGCAGCAGCAGCAGCAUCACCCAGAGAAGUGGAGUGUCAAGGACACCUCAGUCAAUAUCGCAAGCGCUUUUAACCAAGCGGUUGAGUCUACCGACGACGUGAUGCUCCCCACAAACCCGAACGAUGCGUGGGCCACGGGUGCGCGCAAGCAGCCACUUCCCCGCAGCACAUCCGUCGAGUACGAGAAGGAGACGCAGACAACUGUGAAUCGCCGCCUCGCGCCCCCUCCACCAGGCCGGAACAACGCACGCGUUCCGCGGCCUACGGCGAGAACACAGUCCAUCCGGCAUGUACCCGACUCGGAGGGCGAGGACAUCGCAGAGCCGUCCCAUGAGAAUAGCCGAGGCAAGAGUCCGUUCGAGCAUGUCAUGGACGUGUCUCGGCGCUUCAUCCCCACUACAUUCCUGAUGCGGCCACGCCAACAAGAGCCAGAAACCGCGUCGCAGUCGGUGGCCCCGGCGAAUGGGAAUAGUACCGUGCAUGAGCACUCGAGCUAUGACUACUCUGCGGAGGAGCGCGACUUCCAGACGGCGCAGAAGACUGUGCCGCGAAGAAAUACCGCUGUGCACAAGCGCAACCGUAUGUCGACAGACAACAAGGCGUAUCGGCCCACUGUAUCGGACCUUGAGGAGUCAGAUGAGGACUUUGAGGACGAUGACGGGAAGCGUGCGCGGCGGAACAGGAAAAGGAAUGGCGCAGUAGGAGGGCCACUGACUACCCUCCCGGUGGCUGGAUACGAUAAGAGGAAGAAGCGGAGACGGCCAAAUGGGAAGACGGCAGGAGACGACGAGGAAGAGAGCAGUGAAGAGGAGGAAGAGGAGAACAUCAGCGAACAGCGUGCGCAGCGCGGUACCUCACCCUUACUGCAGAUGCAUUCGCUGGCGCGAAAUUCAAGACCGCCGUCGCGUGGGUCGGUGUCUCGCGCCUCUAUUCCUCCGCAAGGCGACUCGACCCACUUCGAAUCGCUUAUGGACGUCGAGCAAGCACUCGAUCCAAUCGAAGAACUUGAUGAAGACUUGCUGCUUGAUGGUGCAGAUCCUUUCCCGCAGCGUCGCUCGUCGUUCUCAAUUGGUGCGGUGCUUGGCAAAGGCGUGAAUGGGUUGUUCCGCCUUGGAUGGGCUGUUGUACAAAUGCUGUUCGGCUGUCUCGCGCUCAUUGCACGGCUAUGUGGGAAGAUACUGGGUCUCACAAUCGACAUCUUCGUGAAUCGACCCGUGCGGUGGGUCUCACGCGCGGACCCGGCACCCUUGGCGAAGUAUGCUGUGAUUGGGUUGACUAUCUACUCGGCAUGGUACGCACUCAAUCACGGAUGGCUGGACCUCGGCGCUCUAUCUCUUGGUCGUUCAUCCCGGCCGCGAUAUGAGGCGCCAGACAUUCCCAUCUCGAAUUCUGGUGAACUCGCCGAACGGUUGCAUCGUUUGGAGCUGGCUCUUGCGCAGCUCUCCACAGACGCGGAGCGCUCUCACACUGUCAUCGAAGGUAGCCGUUCUGAGCUUGUUGGUCGCGUAGGUACAUUGGAGUCGCAAGUGCGCAAGGAAAGCCUGCGCGCGCAGGAUGCCGAGACGAAGCUCCGAGCCACCACAAGCGACACUUUGCAAGCAGUUAGGCAGGAAGUCAACAACUUGCAGAUGCAAAUCAAGGUCCAGCGCGAGAAUGAUGCGCAUAAAGGCCCGGUGACGGGUGCGGACGACGAGGCGAGGGCUAAGGUUCGUGCACUGGAAAAGCAACUGGGCAGCAUGCAGGGCGACGUCAAAGAAGCUCUCGAGCUCGGAAAGAACGCGGUCACGGUCGCCGGCUCCGUCGGUAGUACGGCGGCAUGGUGGAGAAAACUCGCAUCUGGCAAUGCUGGCCCGCUUACGAUCCGGUCCGCUGACGGCCAGGAUGUCACAGCGCUAAUUGAGCGCAUUGUCGAUAUCCGUGUAUUCAAGGACGCCCUUGCCCGCCCCGAUCAUGCUGACUAUUCAGCUGGUGCAGGUAUCGUCCCUUCGCUCACAUCGGAUACAUACGAGCUUCCCUCGAUCAGCUGGACUCGUCACAUCAAACGCAUCUUUGGCCAUGGCGGCAGCGCUAUUGGCCGCCCACCUGUGAAUGCGCUGCACUACGAGACGCACAGCGGACAUUGCUGGCCUUUCGCAGGUGCAUCAGGCCAGCUCGGCGUCGCGCUUGUCGCACCGACAUACAUCUCCGAUAUCGUUAUUGACCAUGUUCCCCGGGAAGUCAGCGCCGACAUGCGGUCAGCACCACGACAAAUGGAACUAUGGGGCUUGAUUGAGGGCGCCGAGAAUGUGGAGAAGAUCAAGGAAUGGCGGGCACAGCGCGCUGCGCGUCAGGGAGAGGCGCGCAUCCAAGCGGAACUUACGGGACAGCCGUAUGUCGAGGACUUGGAGCCGACGUAUCCCUCAUCACUACCGAAGUCACCGGAGUUCUUCCGCGUGGCGAACUUCACGUACAACAUUCACGCACCACACCACAUCCAGACGUUCCCUGUUUCUCAAGAGGUGCAGGACCUCGGUAUCGACUUCGGUAUCGUUGUUCUACUCGUCAAGAACAAUUGGGGCCACCCAGACUAUACCUGUCUAUACCGACUGCGGGUCUAUGGAGAGCGGAUGGGAGGGCUUCCACCACCGUACCCGGAAGAAUAUGCGCAAUCAUAAAGUCGCUAUCGCUAUGCCAAGCUAUGCAUGACAAGUCAUGACCCUCUGUCUGUUUUAUGUAAUGAACCUCGCUUCUAGUCCUUUUAAUCUCACUUAUGGUCCUUCCUACUGGCAAGUAGUCAGGUGGCUUACCCCCGUCCAUAUUGCUAUAGCACGCAUGUUGUUACCUUGUAUUCUUCUAUGUCAUGUCCUGUCCCGUGCUCUCAGGACUAGCAAUGCCGUCUUAUAGUCACAAGCUCUGCCAAGAAAAGUGUAUAUGAUACCUUAGAACCUACAGGCAAUCCUGUUAAA